AACAAAUUAUUAUCAGUUCUGUGUCGUUUUUUUUAUCAGUUUGUAAACUUUUAAUCGUCAUUUUUACAUAUGCAGUUUAUGUUUUAUUCUUUUAAGUCAUUUAUCGCUUUUCAGUCCAUAUUUAUUAUAUUUCGUUACUGUUACAUAACAAAUGGAGCGAAUAAUUUAGGGGUGAAUCAUUACAUUUCCUAUAAAGCUUCCAAGUGACAUAGAUUAAACAAAUUUUCUGUAGAAUCUAUUAUCUGUUCAAAAUUCUUCGAAUUAAACAGGUGAAAGAUACAGUACAGCUCAAGCGAUUUUUGUACUUUCCAUUUUUUGUCACUGAGGAUACUUUUAACAGUGUGUGGAAAAUCACGGCGGACAUUCUAUGGUCAGUCAUAGUGGAAGAUCACUGCAGACUGGUUAAAAAAUCCCUGCAGUCCCUGGUGGAAAUUCACUGAGAUUUUGCCGGAAUGGACGCAGAUUGGUUAGAUUACUUACCUCUACAAGGUCAAGGUCCAGACCUUGUUGAGCAGGAAGAGUUGAUAUGCUGUAGGAAAAGGGGUAGAGGCAGUAUGGACCAUCGAAUUGUACCCCGUCUACCUCUUACAGCAAUGAUUCAAAGGAUGAAACUUCUAGAUGACUCUGUUAGUUCAGGAAAACAGCGUGGUAGUAGAGGACGGGCCCGGAUCCUUCAAGAUAGAGCAAAAUCUAGCAGACCUCAUGGAUUAAAACAGAAAGAAAAGGAAAAACCUAUAAAAAGGGAAGUAACUGAGACAAUUUAUGAUGAUAACCAAAUAAAUGAGAGGAAUGAUCCAACGUACAACCAUCAAUGGAGACAAAAUGAUUUUCCUAGCCUUGGAAUAGAACACACUACAGAAGGUUCUCCAAAAAAGAAGUGCAGGAGUAUGAUUGGUGAUUCACAGGAAUAUAAGGAUGUCAUUGUAACGACCAAUGAGGUUGACCCUGAAAUAAAUAAUCUUGAAGCUGAAGAACCAAGACUGUCCUUUCCUGUUAACAAAAUACACCAUUCAUCUGUUGAAACAGUGUUAAAUAAACCCAAACUCCUGAAAAAAGAAAAGAAGGAAAAGUUUGACUUCACAAAAGCGAAUCAAAAACUUUUGCAAGAAUUUCCCAUUGUUAAAUCAGGGCCUAAAGUUUAUUCUUUGACACAGCAUAAUAUAGAGAAAUUUCUCAGAGAGAGUGAUACAGAAAGCAGCUGUUCAAGUUUAGAUAUGACAUGCAGUACUUCCGAAAAUUUAGAUGAUCUUCCUCUUUAUGAGAGAUAUGCUGUGACACUUGAUGACAUAAAGAAAUCCAAGGCAGCAGCUAAAGUUCCUCCUAAAGUUAAAGGCCAUCUGGCUAAUCUUCUAGAAGCUAUGGAUAGUUAUUGUGAAAAUCCAGAGGCUUAUUUUAAUAAUCAAAAUAAAACAGUUGAAGACUCAGGUGAAGGUGCAGGUAGUAAAGAGGUUUUGUCCAAUAAAAACUUAGAAAGUAUUGUGUCCAAUGCCUCAGUAGUAUCUGAUAUGUCAAAUUUAAAUUCACCUAGUGAGAAUAAUGUUGAUAAUGAAAACAAUAGGGAAUGUAAAAGCUUGAUGGAAGAUAUUGAGGAUACUGAUGUGGUAGUCAGUACAAAUAAUAAUGCUGACAGUGAAACUGUUGAACUAUCCAAUAGAUUUGUUAAUUGUGGAGAUGAAAAGAUUCAUGAGUGUGAUAAAGGACAUAUAGAAGGUGAAGAAAGUGAUAGUUUACAGAUAGAAAUGGAUGUUAAUAUACAGUCUAGUGAUAAAAAGGAAGAGUGUGGAGUAAAAGAAAAUUAUUGUGAAAAACAAAAAGCAGAAGAUCAAAUAGCAAAGUUAGACAAAAUAGAUCUGCAAAGUGAGCCGGUUAGUCCAGUUUUCAAUAACAAUAGGCUGGACAAUGAUUUAAAUGGAUUUCAGAAAGUUGUACGAAAACAGUCAAAAAAGAGGACUUCUCCAACAUUUUCAAAAAGGAAUUUCAGCACUGAUACAAAAGACAAAUCUGUUUGGAGGAUUUAUGGAACAAAUGCUAUCCAGGUUGAUGGUUUACCUGAGGCGUGUGACAUAAGUGAACUUCAGGGUAUGGUGGCUGGAUUUGGAACUGUCAUUGACUUUCAAAUUAGAGCAAUUGACUCUGGGACAUCUGUGAGGUUUAAGUUAAAUAAUAAAGAUGCUUGUGAGUAUGCAGUACAGUGCCUGGAUGACACAGAUUGUCUGUUUCCAGAAAGUAACUGUAAACUGACAUGCCACCAGUUACAUACAUGAGAAGAACAAAGACCUAGACUUUAUAUAAAUUCCUGUCUGAUCUCAGGUUUUUCUAGAUACUUUCUAUGCAGGAAAAUCUGUGUUUAGAUCUCAUUUAUUCCAAAAAAGUUUGAAUUUUAUAUCAAGAAUUUAAACUCCUUUGUCUUGUAUAUUUCAAUAAGUUUUUGACCACAUAGCAGUUUAUACUUAACAUCUUUCAAGGACACAAGUCUUAUGGUAAAUUUGAACUGACCCGCAUUUGAGACAUUUUUUUACAACUGUGAUUUUUUUGCUUUAGACUACUUUACAUUUGCUUUAUACUUGAAAGUAUCACAUUUCAGUCUUCCAACGUUACUAGGUAGCACAAAAUGUUUAUUGGGUUGCAGUUCAAAUUGGAAAUAUUCAAACUUUAAAUUAAGUGUGCUAGAAAAGUAAACCUGAAACAUUUCUAAAAGUUCUAUAGUAGCUGUAAUAUGUGAUUUUCAUAUUUUCAUAAAAAAUUUAAAAAUAGUAGCCCUCAAAAAAUUACAGGCACAUUAUGCUUCAGAAAUCCACAUUUUUUUUUUUUUUUUAAAUAAUGAAUUAAGAGCAUGCAAGAUAUUUUUCUGCUAAAGAAAAAGCACUGAACAUGUAGUAAUACCUCGUAAAGGUAGCAAGAUGUAAACAAAGUAGUAUUUUAGUUCCAUGUAAAAUACUAAUUCACUAUAAUUAUACCAUUUGCCAACAUAACAAAAUCAGCAAAAAAAGUUUAUGUAUAAUGGCAAAUGAGUUUUUUUUGGAAAAUGAUAUCAAAAAUAAAAUUACAGUUUUUGAGAGGAAAAAAAUGAUAGCAUUUUUGACGCAUAAUUGGCCUUUAUAAUUGACGGUAAUAAAUUUAUUCCUGCUUUACUUUUUAUGGAAAAGAAUUCUUCAAUCCAGAUCCUUUAUAUUUUUAUUUAUUUUUUCUGCAAAGAUGAAAUUUUUUGAGAUGAUACAACGAUAGUUUGAACUGUAUUAAUUUUAUGCAUACAAUUUGGAUGUUUAAAAAAACUGAUGUAUGGUAUUUAAUUCUCAUCCCUUUAUAUACAUUCGACCUUUCAGUCAUGCUUGAGGAAUGAUUUGGAAUUCAGAAAUAUUUCCAAUUGUUAAAUGUCAUUUAUUCAGAACAAAAUUUAGUUAAUUCAUAUUUUAUAAAUUAAAAUUUAAGGCAGGAUAAUGUGAUAAUUUAUAAUAUAAAAGUACGAUGUCUUUUCUUGUUACAUGUUCAUGCAAUUUACUAUCACAUUGUCACAUCUAUUACAAUAACACUUUUAUCUCUUUCUUUUUACAAGACAGCAGGGGAGUUGGUAUAAUAAUCAGUUUAAUUUACCAGUCAAAUACAUUGUAAUUUCAUAGUUAAGUUCUUGUAACAAAGGAGUUAACAUGUAAUAAGAUGAUGAGAUGAAAAUAUAUUAAAUGUAACACAUAUAACUUGAGUAUGUUGAAUCUUGUAUUGAUUGUAAUUUUUGAAAGAUUUUUCUUAUAGAAAUUGCUAGUUAUGGAAUUGUAUUUGAAACUAGCUAUACUGUAGUCAACUGAGAUACUGUGCUGGUAAUUUUUAAAGAGAUACUUAAUUGUGCAUGUUCAGUUGUGUACUUUAUUACAAUGGUUGCUUACAGGGUUGUCAUAAAGAGGUUACAAGAGGCAAAAAUAACUGUCUGAAAAAGCAUUUUGGGCUGCCUCUUAACUUGAUAAAACACUCCUUGUUGUAUGUUAUAAACCAAAAUUAAAAUGACCACCUCAUAUUCAGAAUAAACCAUCUCAGUAAAAUGUUAAUGACAACCUUGUGUUUAAAGUGCAAUUUUAUAUUGGUGCAAUGUAAACAUUCUGUUGAUAUUUACAUUCAUAUGUGCCAUUUAGAAGUAGACAGUGAUGUUGAUGGACUAGAUAUUAUAUGAUCUUAUAUUUGACUGUUGGAAUAGAAUAUUAUGUUACCAUUUCUUUAAAUCUGAAUUCAACUUAUUCAGCACUUACAGAAUGUUUUUUACAGAGUGGUGAAACAACUGUUUGAUUUUGACUCUUGUUAUAGUAGAUUAGUUAAUUAAUUGAUUAAGUUAUUCAUGUAUAAAACUUGAGGUUAGAUUGUGAAACAAGUUCUUUCAACUUGUCUUAAUCACUUUCGAGUUCUCUUACUGAACAAAUCAGUACUGGUGUUUCAUGUAAGAUUAUUUUGUCACGUUUUUGUAAAUAUGUUACUUAAAUAUGCAAAGUAUUAUUGGAAAGUUAUUCCUUUGUGAUUAAUAUUAUUUAAUUUAGUUUUGUUUUUUCUCACAUAAUAUCAUUAUUUAUUUAUUUACCAUUACCCUGUGGAUUUCGUUACUGUUAUUCUGUCAAAACAACAGGUCAAUGUUAGUUUUGAGAUAUUAUUAUCAAGAUCUAAUAAUUAAGCAACCAGCAUUUGAACGUUACUAGGCCAGACUGCAUGGAUGAUUUAAUGUAAAGGUACUUCUCUCAAAUAUCAUCAAAUAUAUCCUUUUCUAAACUUUGGAUAGUUGUUCAAUAUCAAACCUGAACAGCCUGCAUUUUAAGAGCAUUGAUUACUCUAAAAUUCACUUUUGACAUGCUUUAUGUGUCUCACCUGAGCUGAGGUGAGCUUUUCUUAUGGCAAUGUGUUCACCAUCUAUUGUUAUUGACAAUUUCUGUACUAAAUUACUUGAUGCAUUUUGACUACACUUCACAGGAAUAAUCCUCAGGUGGUGCUCUACAAAAGUU